AUGGACUUUCUUAGGCUGCGGGUUGCGUGCUAUUUGCUGAACAGCCGACCUUGGAAUAACUUUGCGCUCACUUUUCGUUGGUUGUUGCCGGUAAUGAUUUCAAGCGAAGAACUGCCUUUCCCAGAAGAAGUCCUUCCGCCGAAGCAUGUGCAGAAGGUAUAUGGACUGAUAGAGAAAUCGUCCACAGAAAUAUUGCCUACAAGUGAUUGUUACGUUGAAAAGGGAGAAUGCCGACUUUGUGGUAAUAAUAUUGAAAAGGUUAGUUCAACCGACUCAACGAUGGACCUACCUUCUAGCUGUUCUCAAAGCUUUCUGUGGGGUGACAUUAUCAGAGAUCAACGGAUGAUCAUACGAGUCAGUGAGGCUCAAACUGACACCUUGAUGAAGGACCUAAUUCCUCGUUUGUUGAAAGGCUGA